AUGUCUCGCCCUCGGUCGGAUGGACGGAUGGCCGCGGUAAACGUCUCCGCCGCCGAUGUUUUUUCGACGCUGCUCUGAGCAGAGAGGGCCAGCGGGGCCGACGCGGCGAACAUAGCGGGACCAGCGGCACAGCCGGGGUUGGUCGAGCCACAAGAUGGCGGCCACGACGUCGUACACUCGCACAGGUCUGCUCGAAGUGUACGCCAAGCAGCAGUGGCACAAGGUUCUGGCCACGCUCGAAGAGGACCACCUGAGCCUGUGCUUGGACGAGACGUACGAGGCGCCAAACAACAACAACAACGGCACACUCUCCGACGGCGAGUUCAGCGACAUCCCGGACAGCAUCGCCAACACCAAGCGCAUCGUGCGCGUCGUUAAGCAGGACAACAACGGCCUCGGGAUCAGCAUCAAGGGCGGCAAGGAAAACAAAAUGCCCAUCCUCAUCAGCAAAAUCUUCAAGGGCAUGGCGGCCGACAUGACCGAGCAGCUGUACGUCGGCGACGCCAUCCUGUCCGUGAACGGCGAAGACCUGCGCGACGCGACGCACGACGAAGCGGUGCGCGCUCUCAAGCGUGCCGGCAAGAUCGUCGACUUGGAAGUGAAGUACCUGCGGGAGGUGACGCCCUACUUCCGCAAGGCGUCGGUGCUGGCUGAGAUGGGCUGGGACUUUGCUCCGGGAGGUCUGCUGUCGCGGGACCACGUGGGAGGCGGCCCACAACCACGCGGCGACACGCGCCGUGUGCCCUUGCUCCUGUGUCAGCUCGCACGGUCGCUCACAGUGCCGGAGCCCAGGGUACUGGAGCUUCACUCUCCCGACCGGCGGAGCGUGUGCCUUCUACGGUGUGCGGAUGCGGCACAGUGCACGGCAUGGUUCAACUCGCUGCAUGCGGCUCUGGCUCGAGUGAUGGCACAGGCCGUUGUUGAGACGGGUCACCUCCUGCGGGACGUGCUGGACCAGGCUCAGCUUCAGCACAUGGGCUGGCUGGCCGAGAGGACGAGGGAGGACUCGGUGACGGCACAAUGGCGCGCCGUUUUUGUGGCCAUCACGGAUCGGGAUCUUCUCUUUUACGACCUUGUUCCCUGGACGAAGGAGGCCUGGGCUGUUCCUGUGCAUAGUGUUCCCUUGUUGCACACCAGGCUGGUGACGACGAGUUCUGGCAGGGCCUCUGUGGGACCUUCACCAGCAGCGGGCAGCGGGGAGGCGACGACGCUGACGCUGCGCCUGGGCACGCGGCAGGGGGUGCAAUCGCGGGUCAUGCGGGUCGAGACGCACCGGGACCUGGCGCUCUGGGCCCGCCACUUGGUGCACGGUGCGCACCUGGCCGUGGCUGCCACCAAGGAAGUGCGCUUCCCCUGCCUCUUCCAAGGCCAGGAAUGUACCCUGACGCUGCACUUUGAAGAAGGCUUCCAACUGCAGGAGAACAGGCGGCAGCUGACUCUGUGGCAGUUCCCCUUCGAGAGGCUGCGAAAUUCUGGCGACGACGGGAUGCGCCUGGCCUGGCUCGAUUUUGGUGGCGAAGAUGGUGAUAAGGAGCUGGACAUGAUGCAAUGCCCCAAGCCAUUUGUGUUCACACUGCACACAUUCCUCUCGGCUAAGGUAACCCGCAUGGGGCUGGUGGCGUGACGACCACCGGACAGCCCUUCCCGGUGCAGCACCGACGCGCAUGGACAAAUGAAUGCUGCGGCCACCCCUCUCCCCCGCCCCCCCCCCAGCACUUCGCUCCUCGUGUCGGAGCAGAUUGUCUUAGCAGACCUCGGUCGUCCUUCAAACGACCCUCGGGUAGCCGUCAAAGGACCUUUGUGUGACUUUCCCAAGACGUUCAAAUGAGCAUUCCUCCAUGAGAAAGGAAAAUAGUUUCGACAGAGCUUUGGACGUCUUCAGCCGCCGUCAAGUGAAAGGCAGAUUUUUAUUCACGGGGGAACUACGACAGCAGUUACGAUUGGGUGCACAAAACCCUCGAAAGAAGAGUUCCCCACGCCGGUCAUCCACUGUCAGGAUGGCAUUGCAAGCGCAUUUUUAUUAGGUUGAUUUUAUUCUCCUUUAUGUGUGUUUGGUUUGCCCCUUAUUGCUUUUGUCAUGCAGUGUUUGUUCUUUAAUUAACUCAAGUGCGACGAAAGUCUUCUUCCUUAGCAGUGAGCUUGGUCUUUUUGAGAAAAGCGAGGAAGUGGCACAGCCUAAAGUGACACAUGUGGACAAUAUUAAACCUGUUGGUCCUGCGAGAUGUGUCGCACCUAUGAAAAGAAAAGUCACCAAAAGUUUGUUGAUUGCCGCAGUACACCGUUGCCACUGAUUCGAACCAGGACACUAGUCAGUUCCCUUGUCCCGGGAAAUUUGCAGUGCAAGUGCUGCUGGCGACAUUGCUGUUCUAUAACGCGUAAUUAUUAAACAAUUAUUAUUUCUAGUGGUAUUAACAUACAUACUAUUUUAUCUGGCCAUUUGCGAGUGUCCUGUUUUGGCUGUCAAGCAAACGGACGUUGCACGCUGUUGGCAGUUAUUGUUGGGCUGGGUCGCAGGUUUGGCUUUUAGAUUUUAUAUCCAGUUUUGGCUUUAUCUGGGAGGUAUUUGAUGGCUAUUGAACUGGUGCCUGGACAGUAUAUGUGGACUAGUUGCGGGCAUGGGGGAUUGUAGCGCGAGGAAACUGCUAGGGAUGCCACCAGCCUUACGGUGUAUUCAAAGAAACAGCUUUUUCUCAAACGCCUCAUUGGUUUGCGACUUGCAAAGAAAAUUGAGCGCAGGGCAAUAAUAUUGUUGUGCUCUUUUAUAUGAAGCAAGUAUGUUGACAGUCUGUAAACCUGUUGGGUUUGGCGACUAGAGUCAUGGGAAAACUUGAGGCGAGUGAAGGAGCUUUGUGUGGCAGUUUGCCUUAUCCCAUGUAUGGUGGUAUGGUGGUGGUAUGGGAUCAUUUUGGUUGGUGUGCUGGUUACCUCACUGCAUUUUUACAACGAAAGGAGCAGUUGCCUUGAGCGCCAAAGAGGACUUCCUGGGGUCGGGUGGAAAACGCACCCGUGCGGGCUCCAGACGCGAGGCCUUGGGGGAAACGAGAGAGUGCGACUAUCCAAAGUGACCCGUGAACCCUCACUGUUUUCUGCAUUGUAGUAGCAUGCAUAUAUUUUUUCAGUGGUUGGGAACAAGUUUCUAAGUAUGCUGAUUGAAUAUGCAACUUUCUAAUAUAUCGAUAUAUCAGAGUGUGUGUUUUUACAUCUGUUGAGUGGAGCAAUAAGUGACUUAGCAGCAGUCGUUUUUUUUUUUUUUUUUUCUUUUUCUUGUGGAUGUGGUUGGUUCUCUUCAUCUUGAGCUGGGAAACCCAGUGAGAAUACGGUAAAUAGAGUUGUGGUUCCACUAGCACAAAACAAUUUUGAAACCUAAUUUGUACACGGUAUUCCUUGUGCAUAGAGAAAUAUUGGUUGUAUGCCGGAGUGGCGUGCACGUGUGUCCCAAUUUCUUAGUCUCUGUCAGUGGUGCCCUUUAAACGGGCGAGGGCACUACAUAUCAAGUGCCGUUGUGUUUGAGAAAAAAAAAAGACUCCCUUUUUCUUGUCGUCUCCAAGACACGGUCAGUGGGCGUCUUGAGUUGCAGCGUGCGGCCGGUGCGCUAUUUCUCGUUGCGGGGCAAAAAUUAAACAUUCUUGGGCGUUUCCUGUUGCACCAUGACAUGGUGAGGGUGUAUGAUCCUCAGGGCUUGCAAAACUCGGAAAAGAAUCUAAACAAAGAUCAUUCUACCCCAAAACAGUCAAGAAUGUAGAAAAUGUAUCCUGGAAUGCAAAAUGUACACUACCUGUGGGAGUAGCUGUUUCAGAUAAGUACUCUGUCUUGCUCGGGUGCCUUACAUGAGCCAUAUUUGCGUUUCACGAAUGAGACAGUUUUCUCAAGCAGCAUCCCAAAGUGUUUACAAGAAUAUGCCCCAAUGUCACCGCUUGAAAGGUCUUGACUGGAUCCAAAGGCUUUGGCAGCCCUACCGGCCAGACAUAUCAUCCAACUACACCACCCAGAUGGCAGCUGCACGCAGUCAGCCUCAAACAAGCGUGCAAUUUAAUUCCCACCAUUUCAUCGAGGCUACAUGAAUAAUAAUGAAGACACACUUGUCCAACAACAUCCUUAAAAAAUUGGCAUUGCAGUGCUUACUUUGCAUUCUAGCUUUUGUGGUAGGAGGUAUAGGUGACAACACUAAUUUUUGUGUAUUUGGAUGGUUUUGGGUUUUAUAUUAGGAAGCUACUACUGUUGUUGUAUUUUCCUAACAGAUUUCUUUUUUCUUCGAAUGUUGAAAAUCUUGGUAACAUUUCCAGUCAUUACCUAUGUCAAGUUCACACUGUGCGCAGCUUUGAAACUUUGGAGACGACUCUCCAAGAGAAUGUUUUGACAAAGAUCCAGUAUCGAACUUUAAAAUGUAAUUUUUUUUAAAAUGUUGUAGCAACUAGCAUAACGCAGAUGAAACGAUUGGGCAAGCCUGCAAAAAUGAAAUUGAGCUCUAUGGAGAGUGCUCCAAUGGUGUCGUUUCUAUGCCUAGACUACGCUUGCUUUUUCUACUGGAUCUAGAGAAUGAACCAGUCGAGCAAAACUGUUUUUCCUCACCCCUAGCAAUGUGAAGCCAUUCUUGAAAAAUGUGAGCAUUUAGAAUACUAUCCGGAGGAGAUUAAACUUAUUGCAGGCAAUUUCGGCAAACUGGCUUCCCACUUGCGGCUGGUGUCCCGUUAUGUUGGAUAGGUGAGGUGUUGAGCAGCAUUUUCCGUACCUCAUCUCUGUACCUUGUGAGUUUGUUUCUGGAGAGACUGCAAUGGCCGCUGACCCAAUUGGAAAUAGUGUGACAUCACUUGGCCUAUGUGAAUCGUGGACGAUAUAUAUCGGACUCCCAAUGUAUGUAUUGCACGGGGCGAGUGUGACCUUCCUAUAUUUUAUAAUAAAAGAGGAAAUGUUUGUUA